ACGUGAGACGCUUCCAGGGUGAUGUGAGGAAGUGUAGAUGAACAGAAAGCGGAUCAACUUUUCUCCGACCAGUGGUGAACACAAGCUUCUGAAUGUGACAGAAGAUUUCUAAAAUACAUAUAAAUAUAUGACAGAUUAAGAGUACAGACCAACAGGAAGAAAACAUGACCGUGUUCCGGAGGUUUGCUGCAGGAGUUUGUUGGUUAAACCGAAAAGUACCUGGGUUUGACCUAACUGAGGGCAUUAGUAUAUAUCAGGGGAAUAAAUGCUUUUCUCGAGCUUUUAGCGCGGUACCGAACCCUGAAGUGGACUUGAGUCGCCUGGAAGGUAAAGAUCAUGGCAUUGUAGAGAUUCUGAUGCAACGUGAACGGGCCCGUAACUCUCUGGGUCGUGUGUUUGUGGCUCAGAUGCGAGAGUUGGUGUCGGGUCUGCACCAUGAUGCAUCGGUGCGAGUGGUGAUCUUUAGGAGUCUGGUGCCUGGAGUCUUUUGUGCAGGGGCUGAUCUAAAGGAGAGAGCACAGAUGAGCAACUCUGAGGCUGAACAUUUCGUUCAUGGACUCCGUUCACUAAUGAAUGAGAUAGCGGUGUUGCCCAUGCCAACCAUCGCUGCAUUGGAUGGAUUUGCUCUAGGGGGUGGGUUGGAGCUGGCGCUGGCAUGUGACCUCCGUACAGCAGCAUACACUGCUCAGGUGGGCCUGAUUGAGACCACACGAGGACUGCUUCCAGGGGCGGGGGGCAGUCAGCGAUUGCCACGGGCAGUUGGAUUUGCUGUUGCAAAGGAGCUGAUUUUCACUGGGCGGCGUGUAGGGGGGGAGCAGGCGCUACAACUGGGAUUAGUAAACCGUGCCGUCCCACAAAAUCAGAGCGGAGAUGCAGCUCAUAAAGAGGCUCUGAGCCUGGCACAGGAAAUCCUCCCUCAGGCUCCUUUGGCAGUGCGGAUGGCCAAGGAAGCCAUUAACCGAGGGAUAGAGGUGGACAUCGCUUCAGGAAUGGCCAUAGAAGGGAUGUGUUAUGCCCGGGUUAUUCCAACACGAGACAGGCAAGAGGGAAUGGCAGCUUUUAUAGAGAAAAGGCAGCCCAUAUACACUGGAGAAUAAACCGACACAGAAGAUAGUGUUUAAGUGAUUCCAGUCUUUCUGCAUCAUUAGACUACUUUCUAAUAUUAAAAUAUAUAGUACACAUUUAGUACACACACAAAAUAUCUACAGCCACAGUGAUGAAGUUACACUACAAAGUUUAAAUUUUUCCAGUCAUUUGCUUAUGCAAGAAAUUGCAAAAAAUACUAAAUAUACUUUGGUCAUGAUGAGAACAUUCAGAUAAUUUUCAGUACUGAUGAACAAUAUUUAUGGAUUUUGUUCUUUGGUAUCAAUUAUUAUUUAGUAUGGUCCUGAACAACCACAGUACAGUUCAUUUACAGAUGCAUUGAAUUAAUUUAAUAAACAUUAAUUAUUCAAUUGUUUUAUUUGUAUAGCACUUUUAACAAUGGACAUUGUCUCAAAGCAGCUUUACAGAGAUAAAGAGGUUAAAAAAUGUGUAUUUUUAUGUUAGUUUAAAUGACCUGGAAAUUAAACUACUAAAUAAAAAGCUCCCAUGUGAGUUUAA